AUGAAUAUUAGAAAAUGCAUUCUUUUCCCAGCCCAGUUUUUCAAUAUCCCAGAUCUCAACACUCCAUUGUCAACAAUACCUAUACCACACAUUAUUAUCUGCAUGACUAUCAUUUGUUCCUCAUUCUUCUUAAUAGUUGGCGGAUUUAUCUACUGCGUGAUUCGCGGUAUAGAAUUUAUACCUUACGACUGGACACCUGAUGGUAAAAUGGUGCCUGUCUAUAUCGCAGCGCAUUAUGAACAGACUGGUAUUGAAUCACUUAUUAUAGGAUCAUUGUUUACCUUAGGAGGUUUAACACUUCUCUGCGGUUUUAUAGGUGUAUCGAAUAUCAAUAAAAAAACUUCGAAAAAGCGAAAAGAAGAUGAAAAAGACGUAUUUUCAUACAUCGCAUUAACAUCAUUCAUUUGGAUUGCCAUAGCAAUCUUGAUAUUUACAGCUAAGAUGGGAUAUAGCACCAUUAGGUUUACUGCUGUUUAG